AUGACGCCGACAGCCCCUCUCCCAGCCGAAUCCUUCCCACACCUCAUAGACGACGCCGACAGCCCUCUCCCAGCCGAAUCCUUCCCACACCUCAUAGACGACAUCUUCGCCCUCGCACCCCCUCACUCCCUCCUCUCCCUCCGGUCUACCAACACGACCUUCCGCGCCCGCGCCGACGCCCUCAUAGUCUCCCACCUGCGCUUCGAUGGCUCCUCAUUCUCUAUCCCCACCCCAUCCAAGGACAAGAACCUCCGAAUCCCGGUCUCCGACUUUCUCUCCUCGCCGCUAACCAACGCCGUCCGCGUCCUCGACAUAUCGCCCCUUCCCCCUGGUCAACCCGUCCAACCCUCUCUCCUCGCCCCAGCCGCUCGGUUUAGGAGCCUCCAAACCGCCCGUGUCUCUCGCGUCUUGGACUACUGGGAGCACGGCCUAUUCGAAGUGGACACUCUGGUGUUGCCGCAUGGAGGGUUGAGAGCAGGACACUUUGACCUGCUGAGGAAGCAAGUCAGGAAGCGGAUCGUGGCGCAUGUUCCGCAGGUUUGGCCGGAGAGGCUGUUCGGGGAUUUAGGGACGAUUCUCAAGUUUGGUCGAGCGAGCGAGCUGGUGCUCAUCUUUGCCGACUCUGCGGUGGGUGGCGGUGGGUUGGAGGAGCAGGAGCAAGAAGGGGAGGGAGCGGGGACCGCCCUCGGCCUCGCGGCCGCCCGAGGAUUCGGCAGCGACACAACCACAUCCGACCCCCUGGCCUCGCUCGACGCUGCGUGGCCCCACCUUUGUGGCCGCCUGCACAUUGAUAUCGUCAACUCUGGUCGAUCGCGGCGUGAUUGGGAUGACGAGGGCACGUCACGGCGGGCGACAGAGUGGCGACUCUGGCGCCGCUUCGAGAGCAAAUACCCCGAUUGGGGCAAGGAGGAGAUGAUCGCGGCCGCGCGAGAGAGGAUUAGGUUCCUCUCUCUCGCCGAGUAUAAGAACGAGGUUGGGGCGGCGUUCGAUACCGAAAUGUGUUUUUAG